AUGACAGGCUGCAACUAUUUUGCAACCUCAUCAACUGGCAACAACAACAAGACAUUAAAGAUUAAUGUUGCGAAGAAGAAGAAGAAUUACAGAGGAGUAAGACAGAGACCAUGGGGAAAAUGGGCUGCAGAAAUUAGAGAUCCAAGAAGAGCAGCCAGAGUAUGGCUUGGAACAUUUACUACAGCUGAGGACGUAGCUAGAGCUUAUGACAGAGCAGCUAUUGAAUUUAGAGGUCCAAGAGCUAAACUUAAUUUCUCAUUUGCAGAUUACACAUCAAUUCAACAACACAAUAAUAAUAAUAAUAAUAAUACUUCUUCUUCACCCCUGCAAGUGCAACAACAACAGGGAACUAAUACAGAAGAACAAUUCUGGGAUCAAUUGAUGAUUUCGAACAAUGAAAUACAAGACUUCUUGAAUACGAUGAGUUUCAAUGGAGAAUCUUCUGAUUUUGCUAAUAGCUUCUGA